AUGCAUGGCCAUGUCCGUGAGCAUGCCUACAACCACAGCCACGAGAAUGUGCAUGAUGAGCUUAUCCAAAGCCACGGUCAAGGGCAUGCUGACGUGGAUGUCAAGAGGCCGGCUGAGCUGGCUGCUGACGUGGACACAAAGGCCCACUCCCCAGCUGCAGAUGGGCCUAAGAGGAGACGAUUACACGCGCCAGACGCUGCUGCUGCUGGCCCAAGCCUGCAAGCAGGGCCACUCCAGGCGCCUCAAAAGCCAGACACCAGGGCGGCUUUAGGUGUGAAAGAGGAACCUGGCUCUGCUGCUGGUGGCGGUGGUGGUGUAGGUGUAGAGUCGGGAAGUGCGGGAACGAAUGUCGAUCGAGCAGCAGCAAACAAGCGAGGCGAAGGAGGGGUGAAGGGGGCUGGUGGUGGGGAGGCAGGUGGGGAGGCAGGUGGGGAGGCAGGUGGGGAUGCGGCUGCGUGGGAGCGGCAGAUGCGAGUGAAGAAUGUUGAGACGGUGGAGAUGGGUGACCAUGAGAUUGAUACUUGGUGA